AUGUACGAUAUUAAAGUUGAUGAGUCAUUUUUUAAUUAUAAUCAAAUUCACGAUGAAAUUCCGCAAGAUGAUUUCAGCGAACAUAUUCCUGUAGAAGAUAGUCUUACGGCCCAGCAGCAGACAUUAUUGUGGAAUGAAGAACAUUACUUACGUAUUGCACCUGGUGAAGACAAUGUACCUCAAAGCUUAUUAUUUGAUGAACAUGCAGAGGAACUUUCCUUUCCCGCAAUUUACUUGGGUCAAUUCCCUGGAUGUGGUAAGACUUUCGUCAUAAAGCUUAUCAUGGAAAUUUAUAACCGAUAUAAUGAGAAUGAUGGAUGCUGUAACUCGUACAUCGCCUGUGCUUCAACAGGCAAAGCUGCUGUUGCCAUUGACGGAACUACCGUACAUACUGCCCUAAAAAUAUCUUUGUCGAGAUUACUUCCACUAAGCACUGAAGUAGCACAUCAAUAUAGAGCACUAUUUAAAUACGUCAAAGUGUUAAUCAUUGAUGAAAUAAGUAUGAUUGGUGCUGAAUUACUUUCUCAGAUUGACUCUAGGUUGAAGCAGAUUACUGGAGAUUUUAAAACUAACUUUGGUGGUUUAGACGUUAUUUUGAUUGGAGAUCUACGCCAGUUACCACCAGUUCGAGCUACCCCAAUUUACAAACAGCAGAAGCAGAAAAUUGUUGGACCUAUUUUAUGGCGUGGAUUCAGAUUUUUUGAAUUAGAUCAAGUUAUGCGGCAGGCAAACCAAGAGUUUUCUUCAAUAUUGACAAAAAUUGGGAAUGGUCAACAGCUCAAUGAUCAGGAAUUAAUUUUAUUGGAAUCGCGAUUUGUAACAAUGCAGGAGGCCGAAGAAAAAUGUCCACAUGGAAUCAGACUAUUUAAUACAAACAAGGAUGUUACAAAAUAUAAUAACCGAAUUUUAAGUACUGCUCCAAAUAAAACUACUUCAAUUGCUAAAGACGUAUUUGUUGGCUGUACUUCAGCAGAACAAACAGCUUUUGUCCGUCAAAAAUUAUAUAAAAUGUCGCUCAUUGAUACUGGAGGGUUGCCUUAUGAAACCGUAUUUGUGCCGAAUGUUUUCUACAUGAUUACAACAAACAUCGAUGUAUCAGAUGGCCUAGCAAAUGGAGCUGUUGGAAAAUUAGUUCAUCUUGAAUUUAAUGAUGAAGGAGAUGUGAAUGUUAUAUGGCUUGAUUUCCCAGACUCACCAAAAAUUGUAGCCGUUUCCUUGGCAACGGAAAUACAGCCAGUAGCGACUCGGGUCGAGCCUUAA